GCGGCUCGGUCGCUCGCGGCGACAACUUCCGGAACACUGCGAUACAACUUCUCCGGAAAGUACACAAUGCCAUUCCGGAACGCUUCGGAUGUUACCGACGCAAAAAUGUGAAGUGAUUGUGUUGGCGACCCGCGUACAAGUAACAAUUGCAGCGCCGUACGAACGAUGCCGUGUUUAAACCGAUUGAACGCCGUUUUGUACGCAAUUUAAAGACUCGCAUCGGAAACGGUGAUUACGGAUUCUAACAAGAUGUCGGAUGUAAUGUAAGCUGAGUGAAGCACAAAUUUAAGACAAAGGACCAGAAUAAUCAAGACAACAUGGCUAUCAUAGUAAUUAAAAGUGCCGGUAUGUUGGUGCUGGCAACGAUGGGCACCGUGUCGGCGAGAGUCGCCGGCAAGAUGGGCGGCUAUUCCAACAAAAUGGGAGGGAAGUCGACGAGCGGUAUCAACGAAGAGAUCAUAUGGAUCAGCAUAAGCAUGGCGAUCGCGAUUGCCGUGCUGAUAGCGAUCGCUCUCUGCUACAUUCUGAAAGAGAAGUGCACGAGACGGGCGGCGUACCGUGAACAGUCAUGACGAUACAAAGAGGAGUUCGCGAAGCACGCGCUCACGGACUCCCUCUCCGAGCUAGAGUUCCCCGCCUACACCCUCUACCCGCAGUACUCCCCCGACGGUACCGAGUACUUCUACAAUUUCCACCGCUUCACAUACUUGAGGGACAGUUUCAAGUUACCGCCAAAAGAUUACCCAGACGACUACGCUAACAGCUAUCCGAUUUGCGGACAAGACGAUAUAUACAUUAACGCGUGAGUUGCGUUGAUUUGUGUACAGUGAUCAGUGAUCCAAUGGAUUUGUCUUAGCACAUAAAGAUCGUAUUAUGCCAAACGUAACUUUGAAUUUAUCUGAAUAAAAUUAUUUAUUAAUGUGUAGAUACAAACGUAUAAAUGGUUAGAUGAUAGAUGUCGGUGGUAGACAAAAAUGUAAAUUCUAAAAGUGUAUGUGGAGAAAAUAUUUAAUAUUUACAAAUAAAUGUAUGGAUGAAUUACGACUGUACUACCGUUUGUACAUCUUUUAUAUAACAAUGGGAUCCUAACUGUGAUAGAAGAUGUGGAUGUAUUAGUUUUCUGGAGCGAAAAUCAAUAAAUAUCGUGCUCUAUACAUAUUGGCCCGUCUAGUGCGAACCUUGUCACGUACAUUGGGAAUACAUACACAUUGGGGAUGUUAUGAACUUUGACAUCAUUCGUACGACAAAAUGUCGGUUCCGCCCCAACACGGCCUUGUCUUUUUUAAAUAAUUUCAGGUUUCAUUCAACCUCAAAUAGUACGAGUGUGUUGUAAAAUAGUAUGUUUGCGUUUUCGACCAAGCAUUUACAUUUUAUGGAACAAUGGGUUUUGUAUCUUCCACUAGUCUAGCCUAGCCAUCUCCUGGACAACGCCUUCCUAACUAUAGACUAAAGGAUUUGGAACUUAUACCCACAAAGCUUCUCCAAAGCUGACUCUUAAUGUUUAACUCUAGAAAUAUACUUUAAGGUGUUACGAUAAAGAUCAGGACCGACGACUUAAUAUGCUCUCCGAGGCGUGUGAAUAUAACACUACUAACUUCAAAAUCAAAAUCAAAAAUCAUUUAUUUCAAGUAGGCUCAGUUUACAAGCACUUUUGACACGUCAGUUGACUAUUUGUAAAGAUUCUACCACCGGUUCGAAAGGCAGGUUCUGCUGAGAAGAUACCGGCAAGAAACUCAACAGUUGCUCUUUUGAAAAAGUCAUACAGUAUUAUAAUUUACAAUUGAUAACAAUUACAAUUUCUUAUAGUUUUAUUUCCUGUGUGAAGGUGGAAGCUGAUCCAAUGGCCUCCAAGCGCUUUUAUCUAUCAGGAACUCAUCAAUGUUGUAGUACCCUCGACUAAGUAGAUGUUUUUUAACACAUUGCUUAAAGCUAUGCAUUGGCAGGUCCAUCACAGUUUUGGGGAUCUUGUUAUAAAAGAGUACACCCAAACCUACAAAAGAUUUUUUUUUUGCUCAAUGCUGCUACUGAGAUUUUCUUUGAUGAAAGAAAACCUUUUAUUUUUUUUAUUCUUUACAAGUUAGCCCUUGACUACAAUUUCACCUGGUGGUAAGUGAUGAUCCAAUCUAAGUUGGAAGCGGGCUUACUUGUUAGAAGGGGAAUGAAAAUCCACACGCCUAUUGGUUUCUACACGGCGUCGUACCGUAUCGCUAAAUCGCUUGGCGGUACGACUUUGCCGAUAGGGUGGUAACUAGCCACGGCCGAAGCCUCUUACCAGCCAGAAGUGGACCCAGGUCCAGGAACCCAGGACCUCCGUCUCGUAAAUCCACCGCACAUACCACUUGAGGGCGUCAAAAUUACCUUAAAAUUACAUAAUCCUACACAAGACUCGAACCCAGGAUCUUAUAAUCCGAAGCCCCAUAGACUAACCACUAUAUUAGCAAGGUGUUCAGUGUCCUCUCUAUCUUGUCACACGAAACGCUUAACAAAAAGGUUCGUACUCGGAUGGGACUAAUAUACCUAUGUCAGACCCAAACUUCAAAGAAUAUGCAUAUUUUAUUAUUUGGCCAUGUAUGUAUUCAUACAUACAUUCAAACGUUAACUUUAGCGUUUUCUAUUCUGUGUUAAAAGAUAGGCGUCCACAUAUCCGCAUCGUACGUAUCGGACGCAUCGCAUUAAAUUAACUUUUAGUUUUACGAUACAUUCCUGCGUGCAUCGAUCGUAGAUCGUUAGAUAGGCCCCGAAGCGUCACGGAAUUGUCAUUGGUUUCUGAAUGAAAAGUAACAACUUUCUCAUUAUACGUGUUGCGGCUUGUGUUUUCCACUUCCAAAAUGAUGAAACGAAGGCAUAAUUAUGGGUCUAAACAAGAAAAAAACAAAAAAAUAUUUUUUCAAGUCACAGCAUGAGCUGUUGUAUACUAAGUUAAGGUGUGCGUGCACGUCUUUGAGUAAUGACCUGCUGCUGAUGCCUGCGUGCAGUGGACGCACUAUUAAGACUUUCUAUUCAAAGAAUAUUAUUAUCUGUUUGAUGCGAUGCGUCCGAUUCGGAUCAUUACGAUGCGGAUAUGUUGAUGCCUACCAUAAGACGGUUACAGUCCUUUCGAAGUUAAUAAUGAUUAACUUCAAAAGCUUUCAAUUUGAAAGCAAAAGAGUAUUUUGGGACCGCAAAUCGUAAGAGCUUGAAAUGUCUGCUUAUUUUUUGUAAAAAUAUAAAUCGUUUUUUCACAUAUUUUAUUUAAUUAACCAAGGAAAUAUAUCUAUUUAUAAUUAUAUUAAGUUAACAGUUGUAUAAUAGUUAACGGUGUUUCAUAAUCUGUAAACAAGUUUUUGCCAUCGAAUGUAAAAUCAUAUUUUUCUGAAUGCAAAAAAUUUAUAAAACCUUAAUACAAUCUAGAUACUUUCUUAUUCAAAGAACGUUCAGACGCUGCAUUAUAACUGCCAAGAAAUGUUCUGCUAAAAUAUCUUUGAGAUUUACACGGCGACCUUUUACAUGACCUUCCAUUUAAUGUAAUGGUAACACCGUACAUUUAAACAUUGCUAUACCUAAAAAUAUGACCAUUUUAUGCAGAAAUUAAAAAAAACAAUACCAAUUCUUUAAUACUAAUAGAACAAUAAUAACAUAGAAUGCCUAUAAAUGUGGAACAAAAUGGAUUCGUUUAAAUAACCCUCAGAUUGGACUGAUAAAAUACCUACCCCAUAUAAAUCGGUAUUAAUAGAUAUACAUGAAAAAAGGUCAGAAAAGCCUGUUUAAGGUUGGUUAAGGAAGGAAUUAGGACUUAAAGUCGCCGUGUAAAAUGCUUAUUUUAUAAUUUUAAUUUAUAUAAUAUUUUGAAAUGUGUAGAUUAUUAAUAUUACUUGUACUUGCAAGACAACAAUGGCUCUCAUAAAUGUAAUAUUUAAUAAUAUUAUGGUGUUUGAAAGGUAAA